UCCAACACCAAACCUUAUGCCCUUUAUAUGUAGACAUCCAAAAUCUUUAUACUUGGAGUACUGGUUAGCCAGAAAGAGCCAUGAAAGCCUAUGAGACUGUUGACGGUUCUGAGCCUCCUCGCUCUCGGAAGUGCAGAAACAUCUGCCUUGCGGUGACCGCCGGCACUGUCGUGAUCGUUCUCAUUCUGGUCGUACUCUGUUUGACGGUGUUCAAAGCAAAGGACCCGGAAAUAACGGUGAACUCAGUCGUUUUGAGGAACUUGCAAGCGGACUUUAACGUCAACAAAUUCAGCGUCGACGUGAAUAUCACUCUCGACGUGCACUUGACGUUGAAGAACCCGAACAAGGUGGGAGUCAAGUACACCAACAGCACCGCGUCGUUGAACUACAGGGGUGAGCUGGUGGGCCAGGUCCCAAUCGGAGCCGGAAAGAUUUCCGCGGAUCAGACCAAGCCCUUGGAUAUUACCCUCACCGUUAUGGGCGACCGGUUCCUCGGAAAAACACAAGAGCUUUUACCUGAUGUGGUCGCCGGUACGAUCCCGCUCGACACUGUAGCCAAAAUCUCCGGCAAAGUCUCUAUCUUGGGUAUCUUUAAGGUUCAUGUGGUCUCGACCACCUCAUGCGAUAUCAAUGUCUAUGUCAGAAACAACACCAUCGGAAAAGUGUGUACGUACAAGACUAAAUUAUAAACCUUUUUUCUUCUUUUCUGGGUUUUAUAUGGGAUAUGCUCGUCUUCUUGCGCUAGGUAAUUGACUGAAAUGCUCAUCACCAGUCAUCUAAGCCCUCAUGUUCUUCUUCUGGGUUGAAAUCCUUUUUGGUUUUGAUUUAUUUGUAGACAUUGGCAUAGGGCCAGAUCGGCUAAGUAGAUUCCUUGCUGGUUAAUAUUAGUACUGAGCUGUUUCUAUAAUCUUAUAUCCUUGUAUUUAGUAAUAAUGUUGAUACUAUGAGACGGUUGAUGUUAUAUCAAUAUAUAGUCUGUUAGUUUAGAGUUUGAGACGGUUUCAAUUGAAACUCUUCACUAAUCUAGCCUACUCCAUCAGCUCUUGCAAUUGCUAUCAAAUUCAAGCGAAAAAACUGUUGGAAGCACAAGUGCAGAUGAUUAUGGCAGCUACUAAUUGACCGACUUAGAAUUUAGCACUGCUUCUUAUUUUCUAUUUCUUUUAUCUUUUAGUAAGAUUUAAAAUUGUUUGUAGAUACACUUGUACAUAAUUGCUUCUUUGCUACUUAAACACGAAAACCAAUUCUAAUGAUUGACUACAAAUAUUACUUCCCAAAGAGCAAGAGUCUCCUCUCUGUUUCAGUACUUUGUAACAACAAAAAAGCUAUAAAAUUAAGAUC